UAUACGGAAAUAGGCACUAGGCAGCUGGGAAACAACAUGAAUGUACCGCAUCUGUGUGUAGUUUAUGUGUGUCCGUUUGCAGAGGGUAAACGAGCUGUGCUCAGUAGAAAUCUAUAAUUAAUUUUCGCGGAAUGGUCAAUAUCGGGCUAAGCAAGGUCGAUGACGCGGUGGCAGCAAAACACCCGGGGUUGCAGCAGUACAGCGCCUGUCAGUCUCAUGCCUUCAUGAAAGGGAUGGGAACCUUUGUGUUCGGCACAGGUCUUUUAUUUUCCAUCCAGAGCUUGCUGCAGAAGAAGCUGCCGUACCCACUGAAGUGGAACCUGCUGGUGUCUAUAGUGGCGGGGUCAGUGAGCAGCUAUGCAGUGACGCGCAGUGAGACCCAGAAGUGCUCUGACCUGUGGAUGUACCUGGAGACGGGAAGUGUUCCGGACCGAACACCGCACACAGAAGAACCAGCUCAGUCCACAGAGCCCUCCAGCCCUAGGACCACACAGUAUGGAGAUGUGAUGGAGUGACUGCCGCCCAUACCCAACAUAGAGCUUUAUAUGCAUUAUAUGAUAUUAUUAAAUACUAUUCAUGUGAAAUAUACAAUAUUUGUGUACACAGUUUGAAGGUAUACUUACACACUUUCAAUAAAAUAAAAUAAAAACUCAAGAUAGCCCUGUUUUGCCGGCUGACGUGGAGCAGCAAUAAUUGGCUCGCUGCUCCAGAGGGAGGGACUUGGCAGGGUUAGUAGAUAGCCGCACAAACAAGCACCUUGGGCGCCUCGGAAUCACGGUUACAGCUUGGGAGGCGAGAUGGCUUGAAGAAGGCAUGUCGCUCUCCCGUUGGCCGCCGAGGGACGGGGUGUGGGCGGUGUAUCUAAUACUAGCUCUAAUUGAAUCAGACGGGGUCCAACUGGCUACCAAAUUGGGAGAAAAAGAAAAAAAAAAAAAAAAUUGGAUAAAAAUAUAUAUAUAAAAAACUAAAAAAAAACUCAAGAUGGCCCAUUCAUUUCAGAUCUUACAAAUAAAAAAAUUAGAUGUUCACAUGA